CUGUGGUCAAUACGCAUGCGCCGACUGACCAGGAAGAGCGAGGGCUGGCGACAGUACGAUGCUCCGGCUGUCGGAUGUUUUCUUCAGCUAUGUGGUUGGAACAGAGGAGAACAACAAGCGAGUCUCGCAGGUUUGACUGCAUCCAGCUCCAGCUCCAGUCCCAGCCAUGGUGUGCUGCCACUCCGGCCCCAGACUCUGCUCCCGCUCGUCGGCCUACACUCUAGCCCUCGGCCUGGGCUUCGUAACCCUGGGGACCAGUCGCAUCCUGCUGCUCAAAUUCUCUGCCAACGCUGAGAACAAGUAUGACUUCCUCCCUGCGUCCGUCAAUCUGCUGGCUGAGGCGCUCAAACUGCUCUUCUGCCUGGUUAUGUCAGUCAGGGUCAUAGUCCGAGAGGGUCGAUCCUGCAGAGACAUGGGCUUCUCCUCCAGCUCGUCCUUCCUCAACUCCCUGAAGUGGGCCAUCCCUGCUUUCCUCUACUUCCUGGACAACCUCAUCAUCUUCUAUGUGAUGACCUACCUUCAGCCCGCCAUGGCGGUUUUGUUCUCCAACUUCGUCAUCCUGACCACAGCCGUACUCUUUAGAAUUGUUUUGAAGAGGCGUCUGUCCUGGGUUCAGUGGGCAGCGUUGGUCAUCCUCUUUCUGUCCAUCGUUUCCUUGACGACGGGAUCGGGAGGCAGCCAGAACUCCAUCGCGGUCCCGGGUCUCCACGCGAACCCCCUGUCCACCCCCUCCAACGCCUGUGUGCUCUACACUCAGCUGCUGGAGCAGAUGAGGAACAGCAGUGCCAGUGAAUCGUGGGCGUCGUCCCUGCCCGGACAGGCCUGGAGGGACAAGGUGGUGGAGAAGCUCCGGUCUCUGGGCGUGGGUCACGUCCUGCUGAUUCUCCAGUGCUUCAUCUCCGCCAUGGCCAACAUCUACAACGAGAAGAUCCUGAAGGAAGGAAACCAGAUCACUGAGAGCAUCUUCAUCCAGAACAGUAAACUGUAUGCCUUUGGCGUGGUGUUCAACGGUCUGACCCUCGGGCUCGGCAGCGAGGCGCGAGGCCUCACCGUGCACUGUGGCCUCCUGCAUGGACACAACUUCUACUCCCUGGGUCUGGUGCUGGUCACUGCUGCCCUCGGUUUAUCUGUGGCUUUCAUCUUGAAGUUCAGAGACAACAUGUUCCACGUGCUGACGGGCCAGAUCACCACUGUUCUGGUCACCACCCUCUCCCUCUUCCUCUUCGACUUCCGCCCCUCGCUGGACUUCUUCCUCCAGGCUCCCGUGGUCCUGCUGGCCAUCUUUAUCUACAACGCCAGCCGGCCCAAGGACCUGGAGUACACCCUGCAGCAGGAAAAGCUGCGGGUCAUCAACGGAGAGGUGUUCGAGAGGUCCAGAGGGGACGGCGAGGAGCUGGAGCUGCUGACCAAGCCCAACACGGACAGUGAGUCUGAGGACUCUCUGUAGCGCCACAGCCUCUUCACUGCUGCUAAUAUCCCACUGCACAAUAGACUCGUACCCCUGAACGCAGCACUGUCACAGGCUCUGUCUGUUGAAGCGUUUACUUCACUGACGUCAGGUAAACAGAGAAUGACAGUGUUGAUUUAUUGUGUGUAUGUUUUGAAAUGUGUCUGUCUGUGUGUGACUGCUGCGAUUUGUACAGUGAGAGAGGGACACCAGCGUUAACCUGUAUAUAUGCUGGAUAAUUAUAACUCUGCAUUUGCCAGUUGGGAUCAUUAGGAGCUUCUGUUAUUGUCUCCUCUGAUGAUUCCUGUUGUGUGUGCAGCUAUUUACCUGACUGCAGGUGAGUGAUAAGUUUAAUUAAUGAGCAGCUGUUUAAUGAAUGUAACUAAAGCUUUACACUAUUUUUAAUUAUUGCUGGCACAGUGUUGAUUCUUUGAGGCUGCAUGGAAACAAUCUACAAACUACAGCUUCAAAAAUAAUCACAGCAUUAGAAAAUAUUAAUUACAAGAAAUAUACACACACACACACACACACACACAGGACUGUUUAUUCCAUUACUACGGCCGAGUGUUAGGGCCAGUGAGGAAAUAAAAUCAGAAAUUUCAAGAAUGAAUAUUAAGAGAAUAAAGUGGUAAUUUCAGGUAACAUGUUGUUUUAGAAGAGAAAUAUCUUAAAAUAAGGAAAUUGAAAUAUUAGGACUUUAUUCUUCUAGUAUUACAACUUUUUUUUGUAAUAUUACUACUUGUUUUCUUGAAAUAUUAAAACUUUAUUCUCAAAAUGUUUUUCCUUGCCCUAAUACUCUGUCGUACUUUAGUGUUCAGGGGUUUCUAUCUUUUCUUCUUAUAGCUGAACCAUGAGCACACACGUGAUCGACCACUGAAGUGUGAAUUUCUAAAAGCACAAUGCAGCUGACCCUUGGUUCUUUUACUCAGCCUUUUCUUUUGUGAAUAUGUAUCGCAGCUGUGAAAUACCAUGAAAUGUUAUUUCUUUUAAGAUUCCUGUUUGUGCCAUAAACAUUUUUAACAUGUAUGAAUUCCAUUUGUUCUGAAAUAAACUGCAAGUAAAGUAAAAAGCUUUAAUUCUGUCUAA